GACAUACACACCCGGAUUGGCAGCUAAAAAAAAUCACGCCGCCAUGAUAAGUCGUCACUGCGCUUCAAAACGUGGCCGACGUGCACGGCACGGUCACCAGCAGUCACUAGUGGCGGCUUCAAACGCGCCACGAGAAACGCGUUUUCCGCCGCCGCUCCGUCGACAUCGAUUAUCAACCGCGCUGCGACCCACUGCGACCGCGAUCUCUCUUCGCCUGCAAACGGGAGGCGUUCGCGCGUCUUUCUCUCUCUCUCUCUCUCUCUCUCUCUCUCUUUCUCUCUUCGUUCCCCCCUAGACCGGCCCGGCGGCACCGUCCGCGGGCAUCGAGGGCAUUCCAACCGAAAUUUACCGCCAUAUCCGGCAAGCGCGCGCGAAUCUGCGACUCAUCCCACCGUAAACAAAUGAAGGCGACACGCACACCAAUAGAAAAACCGCGCACGUGUGCGCUUUUCAGAGUAGUCGCAUGUCGUCUUCAUUUGUUUUACGAAUAAACCGGGGCCUGCCUUUGUUUUUUUUCCACAUAAAGUUUCGAAAACGCUGAGCGCUGAGAUGAUGGCUCGAGGUAAAAGAAGGCUGUCUUUGAGAGAACACAUAUCUAUAUAUUUGGUCCAUUUCUUAAUAAGGAAAAAUAAAACAAACGGAAAGUAAUUUAAGAAAGGGAAAAAUGUCGGGAAGUUCGGGAAUCGAGAGCAUGAAGCCAAUUUUGAAGGCGGUACGUAUGUCAGAAAGAAAUAAAGGAUACCACGGGAAGUCUCUUCCAUUUCCGAAGGAGAUAUAUAAAUAUCUAGACAAAUGCGUUGUAGGUCAGCUGCACGCGAAAAGAGUGCUGAGCGUUGCCGUUUACAACCACUACAAGCGAAUUUACAACAAUCAGCCAGUCGCAAAAUCGCUGGAACAAACUAACUUAGUCAAUACUCAAGAGAUAAAUCAUCUCUUCACUGACAGAGAUCUUAAAUCAUCGUCAAGCAAUGGAAAUUUGGUUCCAAAGAAUGACAAGAAGCAUCAGUUGGCUAAAAGCAACAUAAUGAUGAUCGGCCCUACAGGCUCUGGCAAAACGUUGCUUAUAGAAACGAUAGCAGAAUUCUUGAACGUUCCAUUUGUCAUCUGUGAUUGUAGCGCUCUCACGCAAUCCGGCUAUUAUGGCGACGACCCAGAGAAUAUCAUAAAAAACCUCCUUCAGAAAGCUGAUGGUGUAGUGGAGCAAGCUGAGAAGGGCAUCGUCUUCUUAGACGAAGUCGACAAGAUAAAGACGAUGAUCAAUAAAGGUCGUGAUGUGGCCGGGGAAGGCGUACAGCAAGAAUUGUUGAAGAUGCUGGAGGGAACGAUUAUAUAUGUGAAAAACAAUCGACUUCAAGAUAAAAAUGAAAUACCUGUAGAUACCACAAAUAUUCUUUUUGUUGCGUCGGGUGCUUAUAGUGAUUUAGACAAGUUGAUAGCGCGACGGGAAUUGAAAAAAUAUCCCGACGAGACCUCCACAACUAAAAGCCUGGACAAGGAAACUGCGACUUUGGCUGACGAUAUUGCCAAUAUAUCACUCUCUGAGAGAGACGCAUUGAUACAACAAGUGGAAACUAAAGACCUUAUCAAAUUUGGUAUGAUACCUGAAUUUAUUGGCAGAUUUCCUGUGCUCGUACCUUUCCAUACCCUCAACGAAGACGUACUAGCAAGAAUUCUCAUCGAACCAAAAAAUGCUAUCAUUCCUCAGUAUCAGAUGUUGUUCUCCAAGGACAAGGUAAAAUUAACAUUUGACAAAAAUGCAUUGACUGCAAUUGCCUCUUUAGCAUUAGAAAAAGGAACGGGAGCGCGAGGUUUGCGAACGAUAAUUGAAUCGUUGCUUUUGGAACCUAUGUUCGAAAUACCAGGAAGUGAUAUAGUAUCCGUUCACAUCACAGAACAGUGUGUGAGAGGCGUUGAAAAGCCUCUCUACUGCUAUAUGUAAAACUAAACAAUAGCAAUGAUAGUAUUCAGUAGGCAUAGCAUGUUCUUUAUUGAUGAAUAAAGAAAAAGCAACACUUUGAUAUAACUGCUUCUAAUCGGUGGAUAAUUUUUAGAAAAUUAUUAAAUCGGAUCAUUCGCGUAAAUUGCUGAAAUUGAAUUAUUUUAUAUAAAGGAUAUAAAGGAUAUUUUUUUUACUUAGAAUUGUUUUUGUAUAAAGAAAAGAAAAUAUAAGAAUACAUGGUUUUCAAACUGUCCUUUAGAUUUGGUAUUCAGAAUAUUUUUCGAAUUAUAUUUUUUUUAAUAAAUUUAUUAAUUUUAGAUAUUAUGCAUAAUAUUGGACUUUGCUGCAUUGUUAAUUAUACACAUUUAAUACAUCAAAGGAAGGAAUAGAUAUGUAAAUACAUAUCUCUUUUUUAUAUAUACUUUUUUGUUCCCAGAAAAUAUUUCCAAAGCUUUUAUAACAUUUAUAUUUGCAAUUUAAAAGCAAUAUAGGCAUGUAUAUCAAUCUAUACAAUAUGUUAUGUAGAUUAGUAUUCAUGUCUAUAUUGCUCUUAAUUUAAUUAUCAUUUAAUAAUUUAUGAUUUCAUCAUUACAAAUAAAAAAAAAAAAACUGUUAAUGUAGUCGCAUGUAUAUUACGCGAAAAUUAGCAAUACAGAUUAUUUUCUUUCGAUAAUUUAUUGAGAAAAAUGUGUUUAUAAAAUAAUAACUUUGGUAAGACCAUUAGAGGAAUUUUAUGUUAAGUUUUUCUUUUUCUUGUUAAUUUUCCUUAUUAUCGAACUGAUUGUCAGGAAAUGUAAUGGAAAAACUUUUAGUCUUAGUUAUUACGUAAGAAACAAAUAAUCUAUUCGAAAAUAAAAAUAUCUCACACAUGUAUCUAACGUUAGUAAACUUUGUAUUUCUAGUUUCAGGUAUUGAUCACUUAACAUACAAUCCUCCUUAUGUAUUUAUAUAUGUAUAUAUAUUUGUUUAGGAAAAAACACAGCUCUUAUAAAAUUACUCAAAAUGUAAUAGAAACUCGUGUUAGA